AUGGAAAGACAAAAUCAAUCCAUGGUAUCUGAGUUUAUUUUGCUGGGACUCACAGAGUCUCAUGAGUUACAGAUUUUCUUUUUCUUAUUUUUUUCUCUCAUCUACAUAUUGAUUGUGUUAGGAAACGUCAUCAUUAUCGUCGUAGUGAACCUGGACCCUCAAUUGCAUUCUCCCAUGUACUUCCUACUGGCCAACCUUUCCUUUAUUGAUAUGUCUCUGGCCUCUUUUGCCACUCCUAAGAUGAUCUAUAAUUUAAUCAGCGAAUAUAAGACAAUUUCCUAUGAAGGCUGCAUGACACAGAUGUUUUUCCUUCACCUUUUAGGUGGAAGUGAGAUGAUGUUGCUUGUAGCCAUGGCAAUUGAUAGAUAUAUUGCCAUAUGCAAACCCCUCCACUACAAAAAUAUUAUGAGUUCUCGUGUUUGCAUCGGGCUUGCACUUCUCUCCUGGACCACUGGCUUUGCGCACACCGUGAGUCAAAUGGUUUUCACAGUGACUUUGCCAUUCUGUGGUCCCAAUGUUGUGGAUAGUUUUUUCUGUGAUCUGCCUCGGGUGAUCAAACUUGCCUGCACUGACACUUACGUCUUGGAGCUCUUAGUCAUUGCAGACAGUGGACUACUCUCCUUGUUCUGUUUCAUUUUUCUGUUCAUCUCCUAUAGCAUCAUCCUGAUUACUGUCCAGCAUCACUCCUCUAAGGGGUCUUCCAAGGCUUUGUCUACUCUUUCAGCUCAUGUUACAGUGGUUGUACUGUUCUUUGGACCUUGCAUCUUUAUCUACAUAUGGCCAUUCAGCAGUGUCUCUAUCGAUAAGGUCCUCUCUGUAUUUUAUACAAUUUUUACUCCACUUUUAAACCCACUCAUCUACUCAUUCAGGAAUAAAGAUAUGAAGAAAGCAUUAAGAAAAAUAAAGAUCCAGUAUGUCAGUUCCAGAUCAGUUUUUUAG